GGCGGCCAGACGGAGACUGACACAGCUGCCUAUGUAAGAGGCUGAGAGCGGACCCUUGAGACCCUCUUUCCCCUUGGCCACAUAAUUCUACCUUUUUAAUACACAGGGGUUGGGGUCUUCUGCGCUUCCCUUCAAUGGCUUCCAGAAUUGCUGAUUCUAUGUUGCUCUUCAUGGGCCCCCAUCAAAGAUCAAUUCCAAGCUAUAGAGUUGGCCCCCAUUGUUCUCCAGGCAUGCUUUGUCUGAAGUUGGAAAGUAUUCUUGGGAAGGAAAUAAAACAUCGAAAAUGUUCCAUUUCCACGAAAAGGUCUAAAAUUGUACAAGCUGUGGCAAUUCCAGUUGCACCUCCUCCCAUAGACAGUGCAGAAUAUAGGAAACAAUUAGCUGAAAGCUAUGGCUUUCAACAAAUUGGAGAACCACUUCCAGAAAAUGUUACAUUAAGGGAUGUCAUUGAUACCAUUCCAAAAAAGGUGUUUGAGAUUGAUGAUGUGAAAGCAUGGAAGUCAGUUUUAAUAUCUGCAACUUCCUAUGCAUUGGGGCUUUUCAUGAUUUCAAAAGCUCCAUGGUAUCUACUCCCUCUGGCUUGGGCAUGGACAGGGACUGCAGUCACUGGGUUCUUUGUUAUAGGGCAUGAUUGUGCUCACAAAUCGUUUUCGAGGAACAAAUUACUUGAAGACAUUGUUGGAACUCUUGCCUUUUUGCCACUAAUAUAUCCAUACGAACCAUGGCGGUUUAAGCAUGAUCGGCAUCACGCAAAAACAAACAUGUUGUCUGAAGACACAGCUUGGCAGCCUGUUUUGAGGGAGGAGUUUGAUUCAUCACCGACCUUGCGCAAAGCAAUUAUAUAUGGAUAUGGUCCAAUUCGGCCUUGGAUGUCUAUAGCUCACUGGUUGAUCUGGCACUUCGAUUUGAACAAGUACAGACCUAACGAAAUUAAGAGGGUGAAGAUAAGUUUGGCAUGUGUCUUUGCAUUUAUGGCUAUUGGAUGGCCCUUGAUUAUCUAUAAGACGGGAGUCAUGGGAUGGAUCAAGUUCUGGUUAAUGCCAUGGUUGGGUUAUCACUUCUGGAUGAGUACCUUCACAAUGGUCCAUCAUACAGCUCCUCACAUACCUUUUAAAUCAUCAGAUGAAUGGAAUGCAGCUCAGGCCCAGCUCAAUGGAACUGUUCAUUGUGAUUACCCUCGUUGGAUAGAGAUUCUCUGUCAUUAUAUCAACGUCCAUAUCCCCCACCAUAUUUCGCCUAGGAUACCCAGCUAUAACUUGCGGGCUGCUCAUCAGUCUCUUCAACAAAAUUGGGGAAAGUAUCUGAACGAAGCUAGAUGGAACUGGCGUUUAAUGAAGACGAUCCUGACAAUGUGCCAUGUCUACAACAAAGAACAAAACUAUGUUGCCUUUGACAACCUUGCCCCUGAAGAAUCUCAGCCAAUCGUCUUCCUUAGAAAAGUAAUGCCUGAUUAUGCUUGAUUUAUUGCGUGCCUGAUGGAUGGGUCCGGCUCCUUUUUGUGCUUUCUUAUCUGAUUAUCCUUUGCUUUUUGGGUCAAAUUACCUAUUUGCUUUUCCAUGUUCUCAUUUAUGUUGAAACAACUCUUCUCUCUUUAUUAUUUAUAAAUUGAGUGGCGGGAAACAUUGGAGGAAGUUUCCUGGAAAUCAAUAACUUUGCUUUUGGGUUA